AAUAAUUUAAUCGUUAAAUCGUGAAUUGUAUUGUUAGUGUUUGUACACGUUUCGGCAAGGCGGCGAUUGUGAGAAAAAUGAUUAAAAGAUCAAAAUUAUUUAAAGAUUUUCAAAUGCCAAUUAUAGGCUUGGGCACUUGGCAAGCCACUGACGAAAUUAUAGCAAAUGCUAUACAAACUGCCUUAUCUGUAGGUUAUCGUCAUAUUGAUACGGCUUUUAAUUACAAUAAUGAAACUGUUAUUGGUGAUACACUCAAAAAAUGGUUUGAUCAGGGCCAUAAGAGGGAAGAAUUGUUUAUAACAACCAAGCUUCCACAUAUUGGUAACAGACCUUGUGAUGUAUCCAAGUUUUUGAAUUUAUCAUUAGAAAAAUUAAAAUUGGAUUAUAUUGACCUAUAUUUAAUACAUAUUCCAUUUGGAUUUUAUUACGAUAACACAACUCUAACUCCAGCUAUUGAUGAGAAUGGAUAUUAUGUUUUAGAUAAAGAAACAGAUCAUCUUGCAGUAUGGGAGACACUUGAAAAAGAAGUCGCACGUGGUCGAAUACGAUUUCUUGGAUUAAGUAACUUUAAUGAAACACAAAUAAAAAAUGUAUUUAAUAAUGCAAAGGAAAUAAAACCAGCUGUUUUACAAAUAGAAUUACAUGCGUAUUUGCAACAAGUCAAUUUACGAAACUUAUGUGAGGAAUUAGGUAUUGUUGUUACGGCUUACUCACCACUCGGCAGUCCUGGAGCUAAAGAACAUUUUGUUAAUAAAUAUAAGUACAGUCCAGAAACGUUUCCAGAUCUAUUAGGGCUACAAAUUGUUAAAGAAAUUUCAAGUAAAUAUAACAAAUCACUCGGACAAAUAUUAUUAAAACACCUGAUACAACAAGGUAUUGUAAUUAUACCAAAAAGUGGUAAUGCAAAUCGAAUCAAAGAAAAUUUUGAUAUAUUCGACUUUGAAUUAAGCAUAGAUGACAUUAACGAAUUAAAUAAAUUAGAUCGAGGUGAAGAAGGUCGUAUAUUUAAUUUUCUUUUUUGGAAAGGCGUUGAAAAUCAUCCACAAUAUCCUUUUAAAUUACCUGAAAAAAAUUAAAUAAUAAAAAUAAUUUUUAUUUACGAAA